AUGAGUUUGAAGCUCGACGGCAACCGUCUUGCUGAGGUUGAUGAGUUUGAGGAUAAGAUGAAGGAGCUCGAGGGCAUCUGCAACCCCAUCAUCGCCAAGAUGUACCAGGGUGUCGACGCUGACAUGGCCAGUGGCAUGGACGAGGAUGCCACCACUCACUCCAGCGGCGGCGCGACCGGCGGCGCACGUGCGGGGCGGGAGCAAUGGAACCAGCGACGGCGCGUUCGGGUGGCCCAUACGGUGAGCGGCGGAGCCGGCGACGGUGCGUUGCGGCGCUCGUGCGGGGCGGGAGCGGCGGCGGAGCCGGCGGAGGACGGCGCGGUGCGCCACGGCACUCGUGCUUCGGGCGGGAGUGGCAGCGGAGCCGACGACAGAGACGGCGGCAGACGCGUGGUGGUGCGCCGCGGCGCUCCUGCUUCAGGUGGGAGCGGCGACGGAGCUGGCGGCGGAUGCGUGGCGGUGCGCCGCGGCGCUCCUGCUUCGAGCGUGAGCGGCGGCGGACGGUGCGGUGCGUGCUCAGGGCGGCGCCGGCAAUCCUCCUGGGCGCAGCGGCGCCACUUCGGGCGGCGUGUGCGUGACGGUGACCAGGACGAGCGCGCGACCGGCGGCUUCUUCUCUUUUUUUGUCUCUUCUAGAUCUGCGGCGAUGGCCUUCGAGCCACCUCAUACUUUGCAAGGGGACGGCUGCCGGGUUCCAGCCGGCGGUGAGGUGGCGGCUGCGGGCCCCACUAGCCGUGUUCACACCGACGAUGCUUGA